GGUGCCUGCACUCUGAUAGGAGCAGCUACAGCGCUAAAGUUUGCACCUGUGGAAGUGAAGGCCCAGGCAGCCGCUCGUCUUCACAGCACGGUGAGGAAAUCCCACCUGGUCCAACAAGCCAACAUGAGGGUCGAACUUGUGCCAGCGCUCAGUGACAACUACAUGUACCUGCUGAUUGAUGAAGACUCUAAAGAAGCUGCCAUUGUUGACCCCGUGGAGCCCAUAAAGGUUGUGGAAGCUGUCAGAAAACACGGCGUUAAACUCACAACCGUUCUGACCACUCAUCACCACUGGGAUCAUGCAGGGGGAAAUGAGAAGAUGGUGAAGCUGAUGCCUGGGUUAAAGGUCUAUGGAGGAGAUGACAGAGUUGAUGCUAUCACAAAGAAAGUUUCCCACUCCAACAGCUUCAAGCUUGGAUCACUCAAUGUGAAAUGCCUGUUCACGCCUUGUCACACAACCGGUCACAUCUGUUACUAUGUGACUAAUGAAAACAGCUCUGAGCCACCUGCUGUUUUCACUGGUGACACGUUAUUUGUGGCUGGCUGUGGUAAAUUCUUCGAGGGUACAGCAGAGCAGAUGUACAGAGCCUUGAUAGAGAUUCUGGGACGUCUUCCUCCUGAAACACGUGUUUACUGCGGCCAUGAGUACACGGUCAGCAAUCUGAAAUUUGCACGCCAUGUUGAACCGCACAACGAAGUCAUUCAGAAGAAGCUUGCAUGGGCAAAGGAGAAGUGCAGCAAGGAAGAGCCUACUAUUCCAUCCACUUUGGCAGAUGAAUUCACAUUUAAUCCAUUCAUGAGAGUGAAAGAGAAGUCUGUUCAAGACCACGUGAAGCAGACAGAUCCGAUUGAAACCAUGAGAAGCCUUCGGAAAGAAAAAGACAGCUUCCGGGUUCCUAAGGAGUGA